AUGUCGAACGCGGCAAGCUCAUCAGGUAAGUCGGCAGAGCCGGCGUACCCUCAUCAAACACCUGUGAUAUGCAUCAGAGCAAACGGUCAGACAAGUCAUACAGCUGACAGCUUCAAGUCGGGGCAGACGCCGCUUCCGAUGGUGACUCCCAGAUCAGAGGCCCCGUUUGUGGCGAGUCCGUCGCCAUCCGCGCACAGUAGCACGGUGAAUGCCCUCGGUGCUGCAACUGCCGGAUCCCAUCAUCCACCGAGCACCCAUGGUGGGGCGGUGAACCGGAUUUCAUCCUGCGCUCUGCCACUUAGUUCCACUCCUUCUGCGUUGGCGCCUGUGACACCACCACCGGCAUUAUCGGACGCGCAAGGCGGUCAUAGUCCUACGACGGCACCCGCGACGCAGGCAGCUAUGGCGCAGUCGCCAACCACUUCGGGCAAGGAUGCGUACACGGCAGUGCCUGUGGCGACGGUACGCGACGACCUAUCCGCGGCUGCGGCUGCGCCGCGGAAUGGCGCCUCGAACCUGGCCACCGACUACCUCAGCGCUAGCUCGCCAUCUGCAGGCUUCAGCCUAGGAAACAACUCGUCUCCCCAUCGCCUGAUACCGACGGGGUUUGCGGCGUAUGUGGCUGAUGCUUCAAUCGGUGCGGAGGAACUCAUUGGCGUCGCGGCGGGCAAACAGAGCGCAGCUAGUGAGCAUCCACUCAGCUCCGGUGCACAGAUGCAGACGUCCCCGCAUGAUAGCAACCCCCUCGCUCUCCAAGACCCGUGCAGACCUGCUCACGGUGUGGCUGGCGCGCAAGUGCACCCCUCCUCGUCAGCACGUGGCAAAGAACCGCGGAUACCCUCACAGGAAGACCCCACCUCUACCCUGACGUCCACGGAGCACGACGCCAGCUACACCUCCGGCUUGCCAAGUCGCAUACGGGCGGUGGAUGCAUCCACUACCGAAGGCGCCGAGGUCAUGAGUGCGAAUCCCCGCACUAUCGCCUUUUCCGCCAGUGGUGUCGGUGGUGGUGGCAACAACGGCAACACCGUGAAGAGCACCUCGUUGACACUUGGUCGAAGCAUCAGCAGUCACUUCUCCGCCCCCAGAGGCCACGGCACGGGGCCCUCGACCUCUCCACCGUGCCUCGCAGGCGACGAGGAUAAAUCCAAACUUGCCGCGGCCUGCUGUCGCAGUGACUGGACUGAUCCGCGGGAAGGCAGCAGCGCCUCCUUCAACUGCACCUCUUCCGCUCCAGGCGCUGCAGCCGAACCCGUCAACACACCGACUCGAAUAACGACCAGCAGCACCGGCCCAGCGGCUGCCGAUAACCUGAGAAAGUCACCCUCGCACCGGCAGCACAACAAAAGCUUCGAGGGCACCUUUGAAACCCUUGUCAGCACCAUCGGCGCAACCCUCUCCACAGUCAACGCCACUCCCGGUGACGUCGGCCCUGUGUCGCUGCAAGAGGCACAGCGGGCCCCGGCAGGCCAGCAGAUGAAGCAACCGCUCCUGCAAACAGUGGGAUUCAGCUUCAGCAACAGCAGCGGUGGCGGAGCUAGCACGAGUACGCAGAGCAAGCGACGGGCCGCGGAAGGUGACGCGGCCACCCCCCUCUCCAUAGCGCCAAGUGGCGCUGUACCAACCAUGUCCUCCGGCGUCGCGCAGCCCCAUUUGCCCAUGCUAGACCUCAGCAACGGUGUGGGUGAUCGACCCCCACCAGCAUCCACUGCCGCUCGCAAUGCCUGUGAAGCGGGCGGCAAUGAGAGUAGUGGCGAGGGACCUCUGCCGAACCAGUGCAGGUCCGCGAUUCUGACGCCGUCCCGGCUUCAACUCAGCGACGCAAAGAAUCGCAACGCUUUGGAGAACCCCACCGGUCCUCCCGACAGAGACAGAGCUGCCGGCGGCGUGGGGUCACCGACCGCUGGUCUCGACCCCGUCGCGGACGACCACGCGAACUUUCGCAGCAGCAACAGUAGUCUCUUGCCGUUAGUCGGAAAGUCAAGAGUGGAAAAAGCCGAGAAGGACUUCGGGCGAGCGAGUGCGGCAGCGACGGGGCACGCCGCGCGAGUCAAUGCCUCGAGCGGUGCCGACCUUGUCAGCAGCCAGGGCAUCGGCAGUCUCGCUGCACAGAGUGAUGUGCAGCCGUCUCCUGCCGCUGGGGUGCUGAGGGACAAAAUCUUCACGGCGCACCUCCUCUCCAGCACCUCCGCUCCCAACACCCAGGCCGUCCCGCCGUCGCUCAACACCGCUCCAGAGCAGGACUCAGGGCUUCGCUCCUUCCCUCACCCACAGUCGCCGGCUUAUAGCGCGAUUGGCUCAAACGACGAAAAUGGGAAGUCCGUGCACGGCGCCGCUGCAGCAACGCAUCCACCUGGUGCUGCUGCGACAGUCACUGCCGUGCCGCCUCAGCCAACAGGGGGCAUGAAAUACGGCGAGGCUCCCGAUCUGCUAAUGGGGGCGUACUCCAUAGACUCCCUUCUUCGCAAGGAAACCUCGGGCAGCACGGUCGCCGGCGGUGGUGCCGGUAGUAAAAACCGCAGCGGAAGCGGCGUCGUUUGGUCCUCGUUGCCGUUUUCCGCGCAGCGGCAGGCAUACGAGGACGCAGUGACUUCCACAUCCGCCGCCAACUCCGCCACUUGUCCGCCCCUCAGCGACUCUGGUGUGCACGAAAAAGGCGACACUCGUGCCGGGCUUGCCCAGCGCCCUGGCACCGUCAACGCAAACGGCAAUUUGUCAGGCUUCACCACGUCUCGCACGUUUUCAGAUGAGUUGCUGGCGAACUCCACCGUGACGGCCCUGUCGAAUGGCAGCGGGUCGAUUCUCGGCGACGCAGAGCAGCAGCCGCAGCGGCCUCGUCCGUUCGUGAUGGAGGGAGCGGUGGCCGAGGACGACGACAUGUGGGGCGAGCCGAUAUCAUCUGCACGGGCACCAGCGCGCCACGUUACUUUCGCCUCCCCGGCCACGACGCACUUUGUGGAGCCGCUUCCGUCGCCGUGGGCAGACAGCGACUACUUCUUCUCGCCCGACUAUGCUUACAUGGAAUACAAAGACGGCGAGGAAGGAGGCCCGUCAGAGCGGCAGCAGCAGCAGGUCACCGAUGUGCCCGUGGUGGAUGAAGAGGAGGCGGAGGUGCUGCGAAGCCUUCUUCGCUUCCGCUUUCGGCACAGAAACUCACGCGCUCAGUCGUCAUCGCCGCUGUCUGGCGUGGCGGUGCAUCUGAGAGCCCCUGCUUGGGAGGCCUGGUCACGUGGAAGCGACAGCAUGCGGAGCAAGACGAGUGCGGUGAACAGUGGCGAGGAGACGCGUACGGAGUCCUGCGCGACGCAUGCUCAGCAGCAGGUGGAAGCCGCCGCGGAAAGGGCGCGACGCGUCUUCUUCACAAAGGAGAGGUUGGCGUCUCGUGCAGCGUUGAUGCAGUCUCGGCGUGCUGGUGUGCAAGCUGCAGGCAGCACCAACGACGCUACUGUGGCGGCUAUCGGCGGCAGUGGCGGCGACAGCGGCUCCGCGCUCCGCAUCUCCCUCAAUCACCCUUCGGUUGCUCCCGCCAACACCAUUUCGCUCGCUCUGCCUGAUUUCGCUACACCGGUCACGUCUACCUCAGGUGUGACUUGGCACAGUGGCAAAGUGGCUCAGACGCGAUCCCCGCCCACGUCUGAUAACAACAAAGGCGCUGCCACGGCUGCCGCCGACGACAACUUUGGUGGGUCGGUCCAGCAGCAGACGCACGCGGCCUCGGCUCGACCACUGCCAGAAACGGCGGCAUCACCGAUCGCCUCCCAGCCACUCACGAGGGAGCCGUGCGCACCGCUUCUUGCUUCCCUUGAGAGAGGAAGUGCUCCUGUGACGCAGUCAACCGCGCCAUUUGCAGUUGAUGCAGAGCGUGUCGUGGAUGUCCUACGCGACAUCUUCGGCGGCACAGCUGCCGUGUCCGAUUCGCUGCACGGCGCGCCUCUUUCACCGGCUGCACCACCGGAGCCGACCUCGGCGGAUGGCGCGUCGCCAGUCGAUCGCUUGGCCCCUAAUGAGUCGCUAUCCACCGUGGAGCGCGUCUUGGAGGCGUUGUCUUUCACCUCCCUCAUGAGCCGCGCGUCCGGGGGCAGUCCGACCAGCAGCUAUGCAAUGGAUGCAUCGGCUUCCUUCGGCCCGCACUCCGGCGGACAGCCCUUUGCUGCCAGCGCUGGUGUCGCCGCUGGGGUGCUAAACGACGGAUACGUUGUACCCUGGCGCACGCACGCGACGGCAGCUGGUAUUGCACAUCUUACUGGGGCGUCUGCAUCGACAGAUGGCAAGGUUCCGGUGCAAGCGCUGGACAGCACCGCCGCAGGUGCAUCGGCAGAGAUGGCGGCACCUCAGGAAUGCGAUUUCAAAGACGGCGCGGAUGCGAGUGUGCAUCUGACGCGACAACGGCUCUUCCCCUUGAGCGCGCACGACGCUAGCCCUCGCCGUAGAGGCACCGCAGCGUUGUCCGUGGCCUCCUUUCUGGGAACUCGACGGCUCCCAGGCGCUCCCACCGCAGCGCAGUGGACCGAGAGGGACGUCCACCUGGCGGUCCUGCAGGAACAACGCCGUAUGGCGCUAGAGUACGGCGGCGUUCCCGAAACGGAGCGUCUGGAAGAUGUGCUGAGGACGGCGGGCUCGUGA